CCGAAACAAAAGCAUUUCUGUUUUGAGUUUCUUGAUGCGGUUUGGGCCGGCUACGCGCUCGGCCGCCGCCUUCAAACCCCGUGUCUCCCUCACCUCCGACGCCGGUCUCCGCCAUCUCCACCACCCCGUCCUCUCCCGCCUCCCGACCUCCCCUUCCCUUCCCCACCUCCUCCAAGCCCACGCCCGGCUCCUCGUCCUCGGCCUCGCGGCGCACCGCGCCUCCCUCGCCCACCUCCUUGCCCUCUGCGCCGCCCUGUCCCCCCCGGCACCCCCGCGCUACUUCCGCCUCCUGUACGCCGCCAUCGCCCGCCCCAACGUCUUCGCCAGCAACAACCUCCUCCGCUGUCUCGCCCGCUCCGACUGCGACGCCGCUCGCGAUGCCCUCCCCUUCUACGCCCACAUGCGCCGCGCCGGGAUCCCGACGAACAACUACACUUUCCCCUUCGUCCUCCAGGCGUGCAGCCACGACCCAGUGUUCGUUGAAGGCACCCAGGUCCAUAGCCACGCGGUGAAGUGUGGGCUUGAGGAAGAUUUGUACGUAAGGAACGCGUUCAUAAGCUUCUACAGCUCGUGCGGUGAACUGAACCAUGCAAGAAGAGUUUUUGAUGAGUUUCCAGGGCAGCGGGAUCUGGUUUCUUGGAAUGCAAUACUAGCCGGGUAUGCUCGGGCGGGGGGGACGGAUGUUGCACAGGAGCUGUUCGAUAGAAUGCCUGAGAGGGACCCAAUUUCUUGGAGCACCAUGAUCAUGGGCUACGUUCAAAGCGGAGCCUUGGAGAAGGGAUUGGAGUUGUUCAGGGAGCUGGUCGGAAAGGGAUUGACGGUAAAUGAGGCUACUUUGGUGACCGUCCUCUCGGCAUCGGCACAACUGGGACUGCUCGAGGUAGGCCAAUUCAUCCACUCCACCAUUAGAUCCAUGGAUUUCCCGUUCACUCUCGCUCUUGGCACAGCGUUGGUGGACAUGUAUGCAAAAUGUGGGUGCAUCGAGCUGUCAAGGCACACAUUUGAUGAGAUGAAGCAAAGGAAUGUGUUUGCUUGGAAUGCUAUGAUUUGUGGAUUGGCCACGCAUGGAUUAGGGAAGGAAACACUCGAGCUGUUUCAACGAUUUCUAGGUGAAGGACUACGCCCCACAGGUGUGACCUUCGUCGGGGUUCUAAAUGCAUGCAGCCGUGCCGGUUUGGUUGCAGAAGGCCGUCGGUGUUUCAAGCUCAUGAUAGAAGAGUAUGGUAUUGAGCCAGAGAUGGAACACUACGGUUGCAUUGUGGAUCUUUUGGGUCGUGCAGGUCUCGUGCAUGAAGCUUAUGAAUUGAUCCAAGGAAUGAGCAUGGCACCUGAUCCUGUACUGUGGGGAAUUUUGUUGGGGGCGUGCAAAGUGCACGGAUUGGUGGAUUUGGGUGUGAGCAUAGGGAACAAAUUGAUUGAGUUAGAACCAGAACACGAUGGGCAUUAUGUUCUUCUUGCUGGUGUGUAUGCCAAGGCAAAUAGAUGGGAGGAUGUUGCCAAGGUCAGGCGAUUGAUGGCUCACCGAGGAACCAAUAAGGUUGCUGGUUGGAGCUUGAUGGAGGUCCAUGGAACAGUGCAUAAGUUCGUGGCAGGAGAUAAGGAGCAUAAAGACUCUGUAGAGAUCCACAAGACACUGGAGAUGGUCAUUAUGAGAUUGACAGAAGCUGGUUAUUCACCGGAUGUGUCUGCUGUGCUGCAUGAUAUCGGUGAUGAGGAGAAGGUUCAUGUGAUGAAGGAGCACAGUGAAAGAUUGGCCAUUGCGUUUGGGUUGAUGGUGGUGGAGAGAGGUCGUCCCAUUCGCAUUGUGAAGAACUUGAGGGUUUGUGGGGACUGUCAUGAGUUCAGCAAGAUGGCGACGAAGGUGUUUGGGAGGGAGAUUGUGGUGAGGGAUGGGAGUAGGUUUCACCAUUUGAAGGAAGGCAAGUGUUCCUGCUUUGAUUACUGGUGAGAGAGAGACAUAGAGAGAGGAAUGGAUGGGUCUAACAUACUUUGAUGAAGCUGAUGUGCAAUUUGAUUCUCAGCAUGUUAAGGUUAUAUCUCGAGUCUCUGUCGCAUUGGUAUUUAUUCCAUGACCAAGUCAGUCAAUAUGAGCUCCUUUAAGAUCGGAAGAAAGCAUUGAGUUGAGGGUA